CACGGACUUCCGUUAAGCGAAAGCUUUUCCUAUUCUUUCCACAACCAUUUGAUCAGUUUUAAUUUUUACUGGUUGGGAUUGUCGAGUUUUAAAAUCACCAACCGUUUCAAGAAGCUUGACAUAAGUCAUACAUAUUAAAACACCUCAUCUGUUAACUAACACUGAAUGUAUUUCCACUUGUUUUUAUUUCAACGUCCCUAUCUGAUCAAAUCGUUAUUUUUUAUUUUAGAUACAGUACUCGUCAAGACAAACCUCAGCUAUUUGUUUAAUCUAGUCAACACGGUACAUCAAGGAGACACGUAAAUAAAUAAACGUUUUAACUUGUAAGAUGCCCACCUCAUCCUCUGCGUCAUCAAAGUCUGCCACUGCAUCACCGAGAGGAUCAGCCGGAGGUGCUCGACAGAGAAAGGCACCGGCUUCUUCAGCUAGACGACCAGUUGCUCCAACUGCACAGAAAAACCCCGUUUUCCUAUUUUAUUCAGAAGAUUCUCCCGGAAUCAAAGUUGGACCCGUACCAGUACUAGUUAUGAGUCUGUGUUUCAUAGUUUCUGUAUUUCUUUUGCACUUCUGGGGUAAAUAUACCCGCAGUGCUUGAAAUAUUUACUCUAUUACUUAUUUUGUAAUAACUUGGUGAAUGAGGUGCGGUACUUAUUUAAUAAAGUCGAUUGAAUAACCAU